AUGACCACAGUUUUUUGGGAUGCACGCGGUGUCAUUCACAUCGAUUACCUCGAGAAAGUUUUCAAAAGACAUGACAUUGCCGCACAUCAUGCAUCAACGCCAAAUAUAGGAUUUUCCAAGGCUCUCUCAGGAUUUCUUAUGAUGCUAACACAGAAUGGAAAGCUGUUGUAUAUAUCAGACAAUGCAGCUGAAUACCUUGGACAUUCAAUGGAAGAUUUGCUCAUUCAUGGCGAUUCUGUUUACGAUAUCAUUGACAAACAGGAUCAUGCAGCAAUACAAGCCGAACUUAAUCGCAACGUACCACCGCAACCGGGACAGCACACAAGUUCCUCCUCAUCAUCGGCUACAUCAGCUGCAGCGGCGGCAGCAGCGGCCGCAAUGACAAGCCUCGAGGGUGAACAUCGCAUGUUCCUGUGUCGCAUGAAUGUCAGCCGUAAUGCGCGUAGACAAAUGCGAUUUGGAGAUCAAAAGGUUGUGCUAGUUCAGGGUCAUUACUUGUCAUUUUUACCGCUUUGUAGCCGGAAUGAGCCCGUAUUUUUGGCCACAUGCACGCCCAUUGCAAUGCCGGAGACACGCGAAUGUGUGGUUCAGGGCGCAACAAACGUUUUUACUACAAUUCAUUCAAUGGAUAUGAAAAUAGCGCAUAUUGACAAAAACGGUGAAUUUCAUUUAAAUUACAGCAGAAAUGAGAUACAAGGUUUGUCGUGGUACAAUCUAAUACACUCGGAUAAUUUGCGUGAAGCGCAGAGUAAACAUAGGUUGAUAACCCAAUCAGAACAGGAUCGUUCUUGCAUUUUAUUAGUGCGUAUGCAAAGACGUCAUGGUGAUUUUAUUUGGGUGCACGUUGUACUACAAGUGCGAGAUAGUCAGGAUACUAAUCAACAACCAGUAAUAGUUUGCACAAACCAAGUGUUGAAUGAACGUGAGGCAAGCGUCAUGAUUGCAAACUCAUGGCUGUAUCACUAUUACUCAGUGCAAUCAAAAAUCCACUUCGGCUUACCUUAUGAAGGUACAACACGUGUACCUCCUACAACACCAGCUGUAGCAGCGGCAGCCGCAGCAGCAGUUUAUUAUCACCACAGCGCACAUCACACGCAUCAUCAUCACCAUCACUCAACUAAUCCACUUCCGGCAACUGCAACGCCAAAUAGUGUAGCGGGUGUCUAUCCAGCUAUGCAUCACACUCAUCAUCAUCAUCAUCCACACCAACAAUACCAUCAUAUGGCACCAUAUGUACCAUAUCAUACAUCUGCCAUUGCGGGCAGCAGUAAUGGAACUGCAUCACCUGCGCACUUAGUGGGGCAACAGCACUGCAAUGGCAUAAAUUCUACAAGUAAUGGACUGACAAAUGGCUCAAAUGGACAUCAAGCUCCUAGCAGUCAAUAUAUAUAUCAGCAUAGACUUGGUCCAGAACCUGUUGACUAUAGUCAAGUAAGCAGUGGUAGCAUAAAUUCACCGCCUGGUAAUGCACUUAGUGUAAAUGACAUGCGUUGUAGUAGUACAAAUAGUUCGGUUUCCAGUCAUAACACACCAACGCCUACUUAUGCACCGCAUAUUGCGACCAAUAAUCAAAGUCAAAAUGGUCAAACACAUCAACGUAUAAGUUCACCGCCUGUGAAAAAACGUGCUAUAGGUAAACUAGAACCUUUGUAUUUACCUGAUGACUCGCCAGAUGAUUCUACAAGAACAAUAAAUACUGAAUUAGAGAGACCUUAUUUACAACAGAUUCAUACGGGUGGUGCUGAAACGCAUGCCUCUGUUGUUUUCGCUACAGUAGUACCAACAAGACCGAGGUUACUAAAUAAAUCUCUACCAAACGAUCCACCUGACUUUAUAGACCAAUGGAAUCCAAGUCCACCUUGGUCAGAAAAUGCACAGAAACUUUCACUUGAUAGUUCCUCAUCUUCCCAACAAGAACUUAGUCCUUGCAUUACAACGACACCGCCUACACCAACAAGUGCACCUAGUAACAACAUACAAACAAUUGGUCCAGCAUUUUCAUUUGAGUGGGUUACUGAUCAAUUGGUGCCAAUUGUUGAUCCAUGUUUACCGCAUACACAUUGGACAACAGCUUCUUUACCGACAACUGAUGCACACCACCACUUAACGCAGCAUUUAGCUUCUCAUAGUCAUCGGCUGCUUAAUUUAACGAAUUCCCUGAAUAGUAAUCAUGAAACCGAAAGUACUGGAACUAGUUCUGCUACCGCAAAAAAAGAGAUCGUUGAUAAAGGAGAUAAAAAAGACUCCCCACGGCGUUAGCAAGGUCAUUGGACGACAACAAGUUUGUUUAUAUCAAACCAUCUCACCAACUUUGGAAGAAUUUUUACGUAGUCAUGAUAGACCAUUGCAAAAAUAGAGCUAGAGAUCACGCGCCUAUCACGCUCCCAGACCCCGAACUAUGUUAACUAUUUAGCAUUAAUAAUUUUUCGUUGUGUAUUAAUUAAAAUCUUAAAGAAUACAUAAAUAAUUUUUAUUAUUAUUAUAAACAAAUGGAAACUUAUGGAAU